AUGUCGGGCUACAUGAACAACAUGAUGAUCUCGGUCGGCCUCAUGGUCGUCGUGCAGUCCGUCGUCAACUCGUACUUCGGCUUCGAGACGCCGGCGACCUGCGCGCCGGGCGUCAACGACAACUCGUGGACCGACGAGUACCAGUCGGUCAUGCUCUUCCACCCCAAGUCGGUGGUCCGGUCCUCGACGUACCUCGAGCUGGCCGAUGGCGUCGCGCUCGCCACGGACGUGUACACGUCCCAGGACGCCGAGUACCAUGGCCACAAGGUGCCCACGAUCCUGCACCUCACGCGCCAUGGCCGCGGCUACACGCUCGACUUCCCCUUUAGCAAGGUGUCGGCGCGCGGCGACUUCAUCAACCCGCGUACUAACACGUACAUCACCAAGUUUGUUGCCGAAGGCUACGCUUGGGUCGCCGUCGACAUUCGUGGCACGGGUGCCUCGAGCGGCGUCAAGACGAUGGACUUUGACGACCAAGAAUCCGCGGACGCCAAGGAGGUCAUCGAGUGGAUCACCAAGCAGAGCUGGUCCAACGGCGACGUGACGGCGUUUGGCGUCGGCCUUGACGGUGUCUCGGCCCUCGUCAUCGCGGCCGACCCGCACCCGGCGCUCAAGGCUGUGACGCUCAACGGCGUGCCGGCCGAGCUCUUUGAGAGCGUCUUGCUGCCCGGCGGCGCGCUCAACAACCACGGCACCAAGAUGUUUUCGUCGUUCUGCCACGCGACUGACAACAACUACCGCUGGGAGGGCGUCCCGCACUUCAAGGCGCGUCUGAUGAUGAAGAGCUUUGGCGGCAACGUUUACCCGGUCAACACGUCCGAGCCGAAUGUCAUGGCCGCGGCCGUCGCGCCGCACAAGGCCAACCCGGUUCUCUUUGACGAACUCCAAGCGAUCACGUUCCGUGACGACUCGUUCGCGACGAUUCCCGCUACGUUUGAGCAGUUUGACGCGCGCCGCCUCUUUGCCAAGCUCGCCAAGUCGCCUGUCGCGAUUUUGAGCGUCUCGGGCUAUUUCGACACGGGCGUGACGCGCUCGUCGAUCUGGCUGCACCAGUACUUGACCGGCCAGAUGGAACCGGCGACGCUCGCGGCGCUCGGCUUGGACGCGGUCGAGGUCGGCGACGUGCCGGCGACCAAGUACCGUCUCAUCAUGGGUCCGUGGAGCCACGCCAACGUCGACAACGCCGACCCGUUUGCCGAGGCCAAGACCCGCUGCUUUGACACGAUCAUCGAAGUCUCGCGCUUCCUCGAUUUCCACACGUACCCGGAGCGCCGCCAGGACUCGGGCAUUGACGUUGAGGAGCCGAUCCACUACUUCACGAUGGGCGAGCAAAAGUGGAAGACGACCACGUCGUGGCCGCCGGCUCUCAUUGACACGACGCAGACGCUCUACUUUAGCGACGAAAAGACGAUGGUCGAAGACAUUAGCGAGGUGGUUGACGGCGAGCAGGCGCUCGACAUCAAGGCGGGCUCCGAGUCGCUUCCGGGUGUCACGACGCGCUGGCACUUCCUCGACCACAUCUUCCUCAACAAGCCGUCGUACGCGCACAACCGUGACGGCCUCGAGAAGGAUCUUAUCUCGUUCGUGUCGCCGCCGCUGCACCAGGCCGAGCUCACGGGUGAGAUGACGCUCAAGGUCUACUUCUCGGCCAACAAGCCCGUCGUGAACCUCUUUGCGUACCUCGAAGACGUCAACAGCGUCGCGCCCAUUGACCAGCGCAUGAUUGCCGGCGCCAAGGUGCGCGGCGGCAUCACGUACAUCACCGAAGGCAACGUCAACCCGAUGCACUCGUCGAUCGCGCCGGGCUCGCCGCUCCGCACGUUCCGCAAGGCUGACGCCCGCGUCAUCGAGCCCGAGAUCAUCUACGAGGCGACGUUCAACUUUCUCCCGACGUCGUACCUCCUCCCGCACGACCACCAGCUCCGCGUCACGAUCGCGGGCUCCGAGUACCCGUCGUUUGCGGUCCGCGAUAGCGAGAACCUCGCGACCAAGCUCACGAUCCACUACGGCGCCCAGUACCCGUCGUCGCUCACGAUCAAGUCGCACGAGAUUGAGCUGCCCGUCAAGAUGGCGCUGGUUGAAGACGACGUCAAGACCGCCGCGCCGGUCAAGGACGAAGACGAGUUUGCCGAGAAGAUCGAGCUUUAG